AUGAUAUCCACCACUGCAAACAGUAAAGUAAAAGCCCCCAAGGGAGCGGAGUGUGUGGACGCUCCGGAUAGGGAUGAAAUCGUACAAGAAAACACGGACGAUAAGGUCAGAGGUUAUGUUGGUGCGUACGAUGCAUCCUCGUCAUUUGGGGGACCGUCCAGAGAUGGCAGGUAUCGGUCCCGAGGUCGUGUCACCGAGUUCAGGCCGUCUCGAGGCGGCGGACGAGGAGGACGAGGUCGAGGCGGAUUCCCGCCCCGUGGAGAUCGUGAGCCCCUAGACAACUCAUUCAAAUAUCACGAAACGCUAAACCAGUCCUCGAACGACACCUGGGCCCAGGGAAAUAGCAGCAACAAGUUCUAUGAACGUCCAGAAUUGGUUGUCAAUCUGCCCGAGGACCCUCGCAUCUCUAAGCUGCUGCGUCGCCUAUGUGCUGAAGUAGACAUGGAAAAAUCACUAGUAAUAUGCAGCAAACUUCAGGAUGCCGUCAUGCUGCCUGAAAAUUCUCGAUACAUACGACGUUCAUAUGAUAUAUUAGUUGAAUCACUAUUGGAUGUACUAUAUGAUGCUCCUGGCCCUGAGACAAAAGAAGGUGCAUCUGUAGUUCUUGGAAGGAUUGGUUAUGUCAUGGGACCUGAUUUUAGGAAACAUUUGGAAUGGAUUGCUGCUAGUUAUGGAGUCCAUAACACUUCAAUCAAACAUUACCUAACACUCUCAUUUACAGAGACAUUUCAACUUGAUUAUCAAACUCCACAUUUAGCUGACUUUGCUGAAGUCACUUUAGACAGGCUCCAGACUAUCAUUGAAGGUACUGACUCAGCUGAUGUGUUUAUGUGUGCUAUAAAUGCCAUGAUUAUCCUGUCAAAUUCAUAUCCAGAACAUUUUGCCAACCAUUUUGUGGACACUGUAGAUAUACUUGUUGGGUGGCAUGUGGAUAAUGCUCAGCCCAAGAAAAUUAAAGAUUUUGCCCUACAGUCAUUGCUUAAACUGAGUCGGCACUGGCAGGCUGAUGUAGGAUUCUCUGUCAACCUCUUAAAUCAGUUUGUGGAAGAUAUGGUAGCAUUCUACAGAAAUGGAACCAAAUCGCACUGA